UCCAAAACUCAAUGGGGACGGAGGAAAAGAGAUAGUAAUAACCAAUAAUCAUUUAAUAAUAACAAUAAGUAGUGAGUAGGGGUGAGCCCCAACAAGGAAGAGAGAGAGAGACUUAGUGUUCUCUCUUGUAUCUUCCUUUUUUGAAAAAAAAAAAAAAACACAUUAUUAAAAAAAAAAAAAAACAGAGAAAAGAAAAAGAAAAAGAAACAUCUUUUUUGGCCCCUGCAGGCCCCUCUGUGUAUCUUAAUUGUUCUUGCUCUUUUAAUUUUGAUCUAUCAUGGCCUCCCUGGAGGAUAUUGUAAAAGGGCAAUUUGAUCUUGAGAAGGUUUCGGUUGAGGAAGUGUUCCAGAAACUGAAAUGUAGCAGAGAGGGCUUGACAGAAAAUGAAGGGAAGAAAAGGCUUGAAAUGUUUGGGCCAAACAAGCUUGAGGAAAAGAAGGAAAACAAACUCCUAAAGUUCUUGGGCUUCAUGUGGAAUCCUCUUUCAUGGGUCAUGGAGUGCGCUGCCAUUAUGGCCAUUGUUCUCGCUAAUGGAGGAGGAAAGGGUCCGGAUUGGCAAGAUUUCGUGGGGAUCGUAACGCUGCUAAUCAUCAACUCUACAAUCAGUUACAUUGAAGAAAACAACGCCGGCAAUGCAGCGGAGGCGCUCAUGGCGAAUCUCGCGCUAAAAACCAAGGUUUUGAGAGGCGGCAAGUGGAGCGAGCAGGACGCUGCAGACCUAGUCCCCGGCGAUAUCAUCAGCAUCAAGCUUGGAGAUAUCGUCCCCGCAGAUGCUCGCCUCCUGGAAGGGGAUGCCCUCAAGAUUGAUCAGGCGGCUCUCACAGGUGAAUCCUUGCCGGUCACUAAGGCAGCCGGGGACGUCGCCUACUCCGGCUCCACCGUGAAGCAGGGAGAGAUCGAUGCCGUCGUCAUCGCCACCGGCAUCCGCACCUUCUUUGGAAAGGCUGCUCAUCUCGUUGAUAGCACCAACAAUGUUGGUCACUUCCAACAGGUGUUGACAGCUAUUGGGAAUUUCUGCAUCUGCUCAAUUGGUGUAGGAGUGUUGAUUGAGAUUGUGGUUAUGUUCCCAAUUCAGCACAGGGGGUAUAGGGAGGGCAUAGACAAUUUGCUUGUGUUGCUCAUUGGAGGGAUCCCAAUUGCCAUGCCUACAGUGUUAUCUGUGACAAUGGCUAUUGGGUCUCACAGGCUAUCACAGCAAGGUGCCAUCACUAAGAGGAUGACUGCCAUUGAAGAAAUGGCUGGUAUGGAUGUGCUUUGCAGUGAUAAGACUGGUACCCUCACCCUUAACAAGCUCACAGUUGACAAGAGCUUGGUUGAGGUCUUCGUUCAAAAUGCUAGUAAAGAUGAUGUCUUGUUGCUUGGCGCUAGAGCCUCCAGGGUUGAGAACCAGGAUGCCAUUGAUGCUUGCAUUGUUGGCAUGUUGAGUGAUCCCAAGGAGGCUAGAGCAGGCAUUCAAGAAGUGCAUUUUCUGCCUUUCAAUCCAAACGAUAAGCGUACUGCAAUUACAUAUAUUGAUAAUCGCGGGGACUGGUACAGGGUUAGCAAGGGUGCUCCUGAGCAGAUAAUUGAACUCUGUGAACUUAAAGAAGAAACUCUAAAGAAGGCUCAUGAAAUCAUUGACAACUUUGCCAACCGUGGCCUUCGUUCUUUAGCCGUUGCAAGACAGAGUGUACCUGAGAAGCACAAGGAGAGUUUUGGAUUACCAUGGGAAUUUGUUGGUUUGUUGCCUCUCUUUGAUCCUCCAAGGCAUGACAGUGCUGAGACCAUCAAGAGGGCUAUUGAACUUGGUGUCAAUGUCAAGAUGAUCACUGGUGAUCAGCUUGCCAUUGGUAAAGAAACAGGUCGAAGGCUCGGUAUGGGCACCAACAUGUAUCCCUCUUCCUCCCUUCUUGGCCAGAGUAAUGAUGCAUCCAUUGCUUCAAUCCCUAUUGAUGAGCUUAUUGAGAAGGCUGAUGGCUUUGCUGGAGUCUUCCCUGAGCACAAAUAUGAGAUUGUUAAGAGACUGCAAGAGAUGAAUCACAUUUGCGGAAUGACUGGAGAUGGUGUAAAUGAUGCCCCAGCACUGAAAAAAGCCGAUAUUGGCAUUGCUGUGGCUGAUGCUACUGAUGCUGCAAGAAGCGCCUCAGAUAUUGUUUUGACCGAGCCAGGCCUUAGCGUCAUUGUGUGUGCUGUCUUAACGAGCAGAGCCAUCUUCCAGAGGAUGAAGAACUACACCAUCUAUGCAGUCUCCAUCACAAUACGUAUUGUCGUGGGGUUCACACUCCUUGCCCUUAUAUGGAAAUUCGAUUUCUCACCUUUCAUGGUCCUCAUUAUUGCUGUCCUCAACGAUGGAACCAUCAUGACUAUCUCUAAGGAUAGGGUGAAGCCUUCUGCUAUGCCAGACUCCUGGAAGCUCAACGAAAUCUUUGCCACUGGCAUUGCUCUUGGAACCUACCAAGCUCUCAUGACUGCUCUCUUCUUCUUCCUUGUAUCUGACACUGAUUUCUUCACUGACAUUUUCAAGGUUAAAUCCCUCAAGGGUUCACCUAGUGAGCUCACAGCUGCUGUCUAUCUCCAAGUCAGUAUAAUCAGUCAAGCACUCAUCUUUGUCACACGGUCUCAAAGCUGGUCGUUUGCUGAGCCCCCCGGGAUCUUGCUUCUCAUCGCCUUUCUUGCAGCCCAAUUCGUGGCUACAACUAUUACUGUAUAUGCAAACUGGAGCUUUGCAAGAAUCCAAGGCAUUGGGUGGGGAUGGGCUGGAGUUAUAUGGAUUUACAGCAUAAUCACAUACUUCCCUCUUGACAUCCUCAAGUUCAUCACGCGGUUAGCAUUGAAUGAAAAUGCAUCAAAACCCAUGCUGGAGAACGAGACUUCUAAGGCACCUAAACAAUGCAAUGAGAAGAACUACAGCGAAAUGACUGAGCUUGAACACGCCCCCGAGGAGGCUACAAGGUUGACAGAUGCUGAGGCAGUAUAAGGGUGCAUGUGGAAUCACUAAUCAGUGGCCAAGGAAAAGGCUUUAGACAUCAACACCUUCUUGUGAACAUAUAAUGACUUGGCCCUUUACCGGCUUCCGAUCCACGUACCCAACAUGUUCUUUUGCAUUCUAUAAGAUUACAACUAUUGCAGCAGGCGUUAUAUGUUCACAAGAACCAUUUUGCAGGCUGACAGAGGUUGAUACAGUAUAAGGGAGCAUGUGGGAUCACUAAUCAGUGACCAAGGAGAAGGCUUUAGACAUCAACACCAUUCAGCAACACUCCACAGUCUAAAAUAGAGCAAGAAGAGAUAUAGAAAGCCAAAAGGAAACAUCUUUACUUUAGGACUAACAUUUUUGUCCUCCUCACAUUUAAAGGUGAUAGGAUGUAGGGUGAUAUCAGGAUUAAGAGAAGGGCUCACUAAGAUUAGAAAGGAACAAAAAAAAAAAAAAAAAAAAAAAAAAAAAAAAAAA